AUGAAGAGACAAACAAACGCACUUGUACUAAAAAACAGAUUUGAUCGUGCAAUGCACCGCUGCACCUUCUUGUUUGACCGGCUACGGUUAAAAACUUAUCAAAUUGUACCAAAAGGAUGCGUGGACCGAUCGGGGCGGUGUAAUAUCCGCAGAAAGGCUACUGCAAGUUAUUUUUACGGCACAGGUGAUAAAUUUCGAUUAGAAAGUGAUAAAUAUGCGAUUUCUAGUGAAAGUAUCCGAUCUCAAGAGAUAAAACAUUUGCUGAUGACCAGAACAAAUAACAACUAUAAUCCUGAACAAAUACUCAUAUCGUUCACCAAUCAAAUCAUUUGUAACGAUGUAGGAACGAAAUUUUUAAUUUAA